UUACACAGACAAAGGCGAGAAGCCUGAAAAAGGACAGUUCCUCAACUUCCAUUCGCUGACAUUCUGGGUGGGAAAUGCCAAGCAGGCGGCGUCAUUUUACUGCAACAAAAUGGGCUUUGAAGAAUUGGCCUACAGAGGCCUGGAAACCGGCAGCCGUGAAGUGGCGUCCCACGUCGUCAAGCAGGACAAGAUUAUUUUUGUCUUCUCCUCGGCUCUCAACCCAGGAAAUCAAGAAAUGGGCGCGCAUUUAGUGAAGCAUGGAGACGGGGUCCGAGACAUUGCCUUUGAGGUGCAGGACUGCAAUUUCAUUGUGCAGAAAGCGAGAGAACGGGGAGCCAUAAUAGUAAAAGAGCCGUGGAUAGAGGAAGACAAGUUUGGGAAGGUGAAAUUUGCAGUCAUUCAGACGUACGGGGACACCACCCAUACCCUGAUUGAGAAGCUGGACUACAAAGGACUUUUCCUGCCUGGUUUUGAGCUUCCUCUCUUCAAGGACCCACUGCUGAAAAGCCUGCCGCCCGGAGGGCUGAACUUCAUUGACCACGUAGUGGGGAACCAACCUGACCAUGAGAUGGUCCCAGUGGCAGAAUGGUACCAAAGAAAUCUCCUGUUCCACCGCUUCUGGUCUGUGGACGAUAAACAAUUGCACACUGCGUUCAGUGCUCUGCGGUCAAUCGUGGUGGCCAACUAUGAAGAAACCAUUAAAAUGCCCAUUAAUGAGCCUGCUAUGGGGAAGAAGAAGUCUCAAAUCCAGGAAUACGUUGACUAUUAUGGAGGCUCCGGAGUCCAGCACAUCGCUCUGAAUACCUCGGACAUUAUUUCUUCGAUUGUGAACCUGAAGAAGCGGGGCAUGGAGUUUAUGUCCGUCCCCUCCUCCUACUACCAGCAAUUGCGGAAGAAGCUGGUAUCUGCCAAGAUUAAGGUGAAAGAGAACAUGGACAAACUGGAGGAACUCAAAAUCCUAGUGGACUUUGAUGAGAAAGGAUAUCUGCUCCAGAUCUUUACUAAGCCUGUUCAGGACAGGCCAACUGUCUUUCUCGAAGUCAUACAGCGUCACAACCACCAGGGGUUUGGUGCUGGAAACUUCAAAUCUUUGUUUGAAGCUAUUGAAGCAGACCAGGACGCCCGGGGAAACCUCACUAUCUUGACGCCCAAUGGAGAAUCAGAACUCAUGUAAUGCUCAGCGGUGAAAGG